UUUUUUUUAAUGUUCAACUUUGUCAACCCCUUCCAAGCUCUUCUGCUUUGAUCUAUCCCACUCCGCACACACUCUCUCCACUAUUCUCUCCUUUCAGUUUUUUAUUUGUAUUUUUAUUUUUUUAUUCUCUUUUUUCUUUUAUAAAAAACAUUUUAAAUUUGAACUGUACUUUAUACAAAACAUAUUACUCAAUCAAGGACAUCAUGAGACAAUCCAGUGACAAUACCUCUAUGGGAGAAGCUCCUGCUGCUCAUAAGGAUACCCUCCGCAGUUUCAUCACUACUCUUGCUAGUUUCUCUGGAGACCUCUCUGCAUUGACAUGUCCUAGUUUUCUCUUGAGCUCUGUCAGCUUGCUCGAAUAUAGCCAAUAUUGGGGUGACCAUCCCAAACUGUUUGCAUCCAUCUCUUCAGGGACUACACCUGAGGAUCGUCUGCUGAGUUGCACACGUUGGUUCAUCUCAACGCUCUACAGUUCUUAUUCAUCUCGAUCCACGGCUUCAGGCAUGGAAAAGAAACCCUAUAAUCCCAUUUUGGGUGAACAAUACUUUGCUCAGUGGACAGGAGAUCAAGAGACUGGGGAUCUUUUUCUAAAAGCUGAACAAGUCAGCCAUCACCCUCCUAUUAUGGCCUUUCAUUUAGAAAACAAAACAGCAGGCGUCAUUUUAGAGGGACAAUGCGGUCAGAAAUCACAUUUUGCUAUGCCCGCAGGAAUUAAUGUCUCUCAAACAGGCCAUGCCAUCGUGACACUUCCAAAAUUCAAUGAGACUUAUCUGAUUACCCUUCCUACACUCCAUAUCCGUGGGAUCAUCACAGGAAGACCAACCCUUGAGUUGGCUGGAUCUAGUUAUAUUAUUAGCAGUGUAGGGCACAUCACCACAAUCGAGUAUAGCUCAAAGGGAUUCUUUUCAGGCGAACGUAAUCACUUUGAGGCUAUAUUGAGACCCAUCGAAGAAAACGAGGACCCGUUUUAUAAAGCUCAAGGUGUCUGGAGCAAAGUAUCUACUUUAAGCACUUGUAAUAGAAACGGAAACAGAGCUAUUGGGAAUGAAAUUGGAAAAAGCAUCAAAAAGGAUAACAAGAGUAAUCAUCUUAGCACCGGUCAACCUUUCUUUGAUGCUCAAACUGAUAAAGCUAUUCCGCCGGAACUGAAGCCACUGGAUCAGAUGGGACCAUUGGAAUCGCUUAAACUUUGGGCACCUGUGACUCAAGCCAUCCUUAACAACGAUUAUAACGCUGCUUCAAAGGAAAAAUCACAGAUUGAAGAGGCACAACGUGCCUUAGCCAAGGCAAGAAAGGAGAAGGGCCAAACUCAAGCGGACGAUCUAAAGCUAUUCAAGUUUAUAUUGUUCGUUUGCAUAGAACCAAUGAUCGUUACGUGA